AAAAUGCACUUGUGGUGUAAUGAGUUUUCAUUGCGUAUAUACCGCUUGUCCCCACUGGAGUAGAUCUAACAUUGGAACAAAUUGUGAAGAAUGGCCUUGUCAGAAAAGAUGAUGAAGUAUAGGAAAGUGGAUCAUCAGAAUGGUGCAGACCAUCCGUUUGUUUACAACUCGUCUGGUAUCCAAAAUGGAAAACAUGCUGGGAGUCGCAAUGGGGCAGUUGGGAAUGGGAUGGUACACGUAACAGAACAAAAUGGCAGCUCUCAUAAUGGACGUCACCACCGGAGCAAAAGUCAAAAGUUCUUGGAAGAUGUGUUUGAUAUGAUGAUGUCUGAGGCUGUUGAGAAGGGGACUGAUCCAAAAAGCAAAGUACUGGAGUUCCAGCAACCUGAGGAACUUGCCACAAAACUGGACAUCCAGCUAGGUCACGAAGGAUGUGAGGAUGGACAAUUGCUUGAAAUGUGUAGAAAAACUAUCCAGUACAGUGUCAAGUCGGGUCAUCCCCACUUUUUCAACCAGCUGUUUCAAGGUUUUGACGUCAAGGGGCUUGCUGGGGCCUGGGUGACAGAGGCACUUAAUACAAGCAGUUACACAUAUGAGAUGGCCCCUGCCUUCACCUUGAUAGAACAGGAAGUCCUGAUGAACUUGAGGAAGUUGGUCGGCUAUCCUGGGGGAGAGGGUGAUGGCAUUUUUACACCAGGAGGGUCAAUUGCCAACAUAUAUGGUGUCAACCUGGCCCGCUUCAGUAAGUUUCCAGAGAUUAAGAGCAAAGGAAUGCAAGCACUACCAAGAAUAUGUGGUUUUACAUCACAACAGUCCCAUUAUUCCCUGAAGAAAGCCUUUGCUUUGUUAGGAAUAGGCCUUGACAAUCUCAUCCCAGUUCCCUGUGAUGACACAGGGAGGAUGAUCCCUUCUGAGUUAGAGAAUGCCAUACAGUAUUUGACCCAGCUGGUAAAGGACAGAGAAGGUUUUGAGUUGGUGUUAGGGGAGCCACAGUGUACCAAUGUCUGUUUCUGGUAUAUCCCUCCUAGCCUGAGGUCUUUGAAGAGAACUGCUGAAUGGUGGCAGAAGCUAGGCAAGGUUGCCCCCAAGAUUAAGGAGAGGAUGAUGGUGGAGGGGACCAUGAUGGUGGGAUAUCAGCCUUUGGGCGAUUACGUCAACUUUAUACGUAUGGUUAUCAGCAAUCUUAACGUUACCAAGGAAGAUAUGGAGUUUGUGGUGGAUGAAAUAGAACGCCUUGGGAAGGACUUAUAAUGCCACUUUGAUGUGCAGAUGUCGGAAACAUUACAGCAACGUUCUCUCAUGAUGGCUGACUACCCUCUACCAGGGUCUGAGUUAUUAUUGUGGACUUUUUUUUUUGCUGAAUCAGACCAAAAUGACUGUCUAUUUAUCUAGAGACCUAUCUGUGAAUAUCUGUGAAAAAUCAAUCUGUCGCCCUGGUAGAGGGUAAUGGCUGACAGACAAAACAUAUUAUAGCUAAAAAGUACAUGUAUCAGCUUAUUUUUCAAGCCAUAAACAAACAAACAUCUAUGUUUCCGUCUGACAGUUUUGCCGUGAGAACUCAGAUAUAUACGUUCACCUGUGUAUACUUGUACAUUUUGUCAUGAGUUAAGUUUUUUAUAUAACACAGUGACAGUUUAUUUUAUAUACUCAUUCCAAUUUUUGUUGUUUUAACUGCAGUUUUCAGGACUUGAUGCCAUAGUUAUUAUUUGUAUAUAUGUAAAUUACUUGAAAGACUGAAGAAAAGAGAAUUAGAGGAUCUGGAUAUAUAUAUAUACUCAGGUCAAGUACUUAUUUUUUAAGGCUGGUGAAGUUGUAGACUAAUCUGUUGGUGAUAUAUGCAAAUAAAAUUUGAUGAUAUUUGUCAAUUCUUUUGUGGAGUACAAGUGUGUGUCUGCAUGACCGCCAUCUUAAUUUUCUUGCAAUGCCUGAAGU